AUGGCAAAUACCAUAACCAUAACAAUUAUGGCAAAUACCAGUUCCCUUACCGUGGAACAAGGACUCGGAAUGGAGGAUCUAUAUCACGGCGAUCCACUCAAUGAGAUGAGCUUCAACAAGAAUCAAGCUGAUGGUCCUCCCGUCCAAGUUGAACCAGUAGAUUUGAGUAUAAAACAUCCAACGUCUGGUUCAGCAGCACGCCCAAUAUGUUUACGUAUACUUCCUGCCCAUCUAUUCAAUAACAAUAACAAUAAUAAUAAUAAUAACAAUAAUUGUAUAAAAAAUCCUCAUCGAACAAUAACAACACAAUCCCUACAAUCCUUGUCAACCAUAUCACCCCAUUCCCCAUAUUCGUCCAUACAUAGAGAUGGUAGCCCUUUAAAUAAUAGUAAUUUACAUUCAACGCCACCACCAAUAAGUCAUCAUCCCGUACGUAGUAAUACCUUACCACCCACGCUACAUUCUUCACAACGUUCCUUAACGUCCGCUUCACAACAUCGACACCAUCAUCCACAUGCUCAUCAUUCACAUCGGUCUCAAAAUGUGUCCAGUAAUUACCAUCCUAACAUUAAAGUCGAAUCUCCUUCCACAUCACCAACCGGUAUACGAUAUGCGCAUACAGGCAAUUUACCUACAUCAACGCCACCAGUUGUGUUACAAGUGCCAAGAUUUUCACCAAAUCAACGAAAAUCAACAAACGAUGCAGUGCCUUUUUUAUCGCAUCGUAGAAGAGAACUUCCGUCCCCAACAUCAUUGUCAACUAGCACAUUAUUUGCCUUACAGCGAAUUAAAGACCCGUCUUUAGUAUUUCAUAAAAGACCAACGUCCGCACAUCAUCAUAUACCAACCUCACCAUUAAGUAACGAUUCACCACCGAUUUUAUCGCCAUUACAACGUCAUCCUAAUUUAUCGUUACCAUCACCAUCGGCAUCACCAAUAUCGUCUGGUAUCACUUGUACAAUACAAUCAGAUAAUAAAGAUACAAUAUUACCACAUAUAUCGAACAAUAACAAUACAACGUCUAUUGGACGAACUUUUUCAUCUGGUGCAACAACAUUGACAACAACGUCAACCACUUCAUCAUCAGUGACACCAACACCUGUUGAAACAUUGCGUCGUCGAAAAGUACAUCGAUGUGAUGUCGAUGGUUGUCAUAAAGUGUACACAAAGAGUUCCCAUCUGAAAGCGCAUAAAAGAACUCAUACUGGUGAGAAACCAUAUCAGUGUACAUGGGAAGGAUGUACUUGGAAAUUUGCACGAUCCGAUGAAUUGACUCGUCACUUUCGUAAACACACUGGUCAGAAACCGUUCCAAUGUCAAAUGUGCCAGAGAUCAUUCAGUCGAAGUGAUCAUUUAUCACUUCAUAUGAAACGUCAUUAAUAUAAAUUUUUUUUAUACUAACUAAAAAACAUAUCGAAAUAGUUGCUCAUUGUUCGAAUCGAAAUUUUUAAUUCUUUGAAAUAUACCUACCUUGUCCAACAAUAUACGCUCAAUAAAUUAGGUUUUCCAAUGUGGGGAGCACUAAUAACUGGGCAUUUUGUAAUAAUAAAUAAAGCAAUAUUAGCUCGACCCGCGCGGAACUCAGCAGAGCAGACCCGUGGCUAAAACAGUGAUAAAUGUAAACAGUAAUUAACUUUAUUUUUAUUUAUAUGCAAU